AUGGAAAAUUCGUUCGCAGAAAAUAUUCAGAAACCCUUGAUUUCAUUCAGCAUUGAAGCCAUAACCAAUAAACUUGAUAUAUAUGACGAGGUUUGCAACAAUGAUGGGAAUAAGAUGCCACUUUGGAGAGAAAAAAAAGACUCUUUGCCUGUAAAAAAUCAGGAAAAAAUCAUUCCCGAAGCACGUGCUUCCAUAUUCUCGAAACCCUUUUUUAUCUGGCUCGAUGAACUGUUGCGCAUUGGCCGCAAGAAACAUUUAGAGCGUGAGGAUCUAUACUUUCUUAAUAACGAAAGACUGGCAAGAGUAUUAACAGACAGAUUUGAAAAAGAGUGGAAAAAAGAAUUGGAGAAACUAAGAAAAGGAAAGAAACCAUCAUUACUUUUGGCUCUCAAUCGUGUGGUUGGAUUCCAAUUUUGGAUAGCUGCUGUUAUGAGAUUGAUUGCUUACUUGUCGCAGGUUUUUUCGCCCUUGGCAAUUCAGGCAAGUACAUGUUCGGCAGAGGAAAAUAUAAUUCCGAGUGCGGUAAAAUAUGAUUGCCGUUCUGAUGAGGCCAUAAUACUAUUUUCGACAGAGUCAUUUGAAUCAAAAGGCAACAACGCACCAUCGAUAUAUCAAGGAAUAUUAUUAUCAACAAUCCUCUUUCUCAUGUUACAAUGCUACGCGAUAACAAGCAAUUGGUGUCUCUGGGCGUCAGCGCAAUGCGGUCUCCUGGUUCGCACAAUUUUAAUCACGGCUAUAUACCGAAAGGCGUUGGUACUUAGCGGAAAGGCACGAAAAGUUUUCACCUUAGGAAAGAUCACAAAUAUUAUGUCUACGGAUACGACUCGCAUAGAUUGGGUUUCGGUGUAUGUACAUUUCAUAUGGGCAACUCCACUUUUGCUUACGAUAGCGCUUGUCCUAUUGAUCAUGAAUAUUGGAUUAUCGGCGUUGGCGGGAUUCGGAUUGAUGGCUAUCGCUGGACCUCUGCAGGGUAAAAUAAUGCAAACCUUAGUCUCCAAAAGAAGGAAAGCGGCAAAAAUGACAGAUGAGCGGGUGAAAACCACGCAGGAAGUCUUACAAGGCAUUAGGAUGGUUAAGUAUUAUGCGUGGGAAGAAAGCUUUUUAAAUAACAUUGAAAAGUUGAGAAUUAAAGAGACUGGUUAUAUUCGAACACUAUUGGUCGUACCAGUUUUUGCUAGUAUUCUCUCUUUUGUUAUAUUCGUGCUUGUCGGUGGGGUACUCACACCAGACAUAGUUUUUACAUCAUUGGCAUUGUUUAGUGUCGUUCGCUUUCCGUUAAAGCUUUUUCCUAUGGUAGUAGCAGGGAUUACAGAUGCCUGGGUUGCAUUCGAUCGGAUACAACAAUUGCUGAUGGCCGAAGAAUUGGAAUAUUUGCCUCCGAUAGAUCUCACCUCUGAUUUUGCGAUAAUGGUGACUGAUGGAGAAUUUUUAUGGGAGAUGACACCUUCAACGAGCGAUGACAUUAAAACACCCCUAACGGAUAAAGAGGAGGUAGUGGAGUAUUCUCCAUCAACUAUUUCCGCCGACGAUAAGAAGAUACGUCUAAGUAAUAUAAAUAUACGCAUUAAACGCGGUGCACAUGUAGCAGUAGUGGGUUCUGUUGGUGCAGGAAAGUCAUCUCUACUGUCUGCAUUAAUCGGGGAGAUGAAAAAAAUAAAGGGAGAAGUGAUUUUUGGCGGGAGCGUCGGAUAUUGCUCGCAAAAUGCUUGGCUGCGUAACGCUACCAUUAGAGAUAAUAUUCUAUUUGGACGAGCAUUUGAUGAGAAAAAGUAUAAGAAGAUUAUCAAAGAUUGUUUUCUUGAACCAGAUUUGAAAUUAUUUCCGGCAGGAGAUAUGACUGAGAUAGGGGAGAAAGGGAUUAACCUUUCUGGAGGGCAAAAGCAACGGAUAAGCAUUGCAAGGGCUGUCUACUUUGAUGCAGAUAUUGUUCUUUUGGAUGAUCCCCUUUCAUCUGUUGAUGCUCACGUCAGCAAUCAUUUAUUCACACAAUGUAUUCAAGGCGCUUUGUCAGAGAAGACAGUAAUUCUUGUUACUCAUCAACUGAAUAUUUUGUCACAAGUAGACCACAUUUUGUGUAUGGAGAAUGGUAGAAUUGUAGAUCAAGGAACUUAUGAAGAGUUAAUGCGUGACGGAAAAAAAUUUUCAGCAUUGAUAGAAGAAUACGGAAAAUCAGAUAAUAAUGAGGAAAAAAAGAAAGCUGUAUACAUUGAAGAAAUUACAGGUGGUGAUGUUAAAGGGGAAUCUUCGCUAGACAUACCUGAUAAAGGAAUGAUGACUCAAGAGGAAAGAUUGGUGGGGGCGGUGAAAAUAGAAGUUUAUUAUUCAUACAUUAUGGCGGCUGGUGGAUUAUUUUUGAUUCCAUUAGUAGUUUUUCUGCUAGUGAUGAUGCAAGCGAGUAACCUGGG